CAGCGAUUAAAAGAUUAGGAUACCUGUGUUGUGCUUGAGGCAUGCAAGAAACAAGGAUCAGUGAGGAACAUCACGGUUUGUUUCCUGACAACUAUGAUCUUGCCAACGCUUACGAAGAUAUUCCUCCAAUUUUAGAUUUGAGUUUUGCCAAUCCUCGUUCUGAAUUCAACGAUCUCUGCGAGGAGAAAGCAGCUUGUGAGGAAGAACAGCUGCUCCCAGGCGGUUGGAGGAAUUGGCGAUGGGAAUUUGAUUCCAUCUUUAGUGGCUUAUCAGGAGAUGGUGUCGUCCCCAAUGGAGACGCCAAGAAUGAAAAUGGGCAUGAUGGCAAUGCUGUGACGAGCGACGACCCCUACCACGUUGAUGAAAACUACGAGGGUUUUUCGAGUUGCUGCGAUCAUGCAUAUUACCAGGGCGAUGCUGAUUAUAAUCCUUGGUCUGGUAAUGGAUACAGAGAGGAAGAUUCGUACAGCUACGGUGAGGAAGAAUAUAAAUCUUGGUAUAGAUAUGGCAUGGAUGAAGUUGGCUUUUGUGAUAGCAUCUUCGGUUACUUCCCCUGUUUGCUAAAGGACCAAAGGCCCUAUGAGUAAUAAACAUAGGACAUGUAAGUCUUGUUAUGACACCUCAAAUUGCACAUUUUUAUCGAUCUUCGUUCUUCUCUUGUAAUCCUAGAAACCAAUAAAAACAUCUGCAUUUA